AUGAGGGGUUUCAUUUUUACUUUGUUUCUCUUCUCUCUCCUGCUUGCCAUCUCAGAAGUGAAGAGUGAAGAAUCCAGGAAGCUCUGCGGGCUCGAGUACAUAUGAACUGUCAUUUACACCUGUGCCAGCUCCCGGUGGAGAAAGCACCUGGAGUCGAUCCCACAAGGUCAGCAAGCUGAGAGAGGAAACCGCUUCCAGCUGCCUAAUGAACAGAUUUCCGAGGAAAGCCCAGUGCAAAACCUUCCAAAGACGGAUUCCUCGGGGGAGGAAAGUCUUCAGGGUGAACAGCUGCCCACAGAAGGGCUUCGGAGGUCAAAGAAGUAUUCGGUGAUGUCAAGACAAGACUUGCAAAAGUUGUGCUGCACCGAAGUCUGUUCCAUGUCUGACUUAAGCGCUCUUUGUUAG